GUACCCGGGGUACAUGUAAGCAGUACCGAGCCGACAAUGACCAAUCGAGCCUAAAUGAGCAAUAGCGGACCGAUCCGACUUACGUGACCUUUUACCAAAAUCGUUGUCAAACAAAUCGUACCAAUAUCGAUGAUAGCGAAAGAGCAUAUUAUGGCUACUGCUGCCGCUGUGUCUGUUGGGGUUGGAAUAGGUGUUGUUGUCGGAUGGUUAAUUCGUGGAAGGUUCCGAUCAUUCGCACUGGUAUCUAGAAAGGCUGCCAUUAAUCGAGAGAUAGAUUUAAAUGACAAUUCUCCAAGCCCUAAAGAUGAUGGCGAAUACAAGAUGGUAAUAGUUGUACGUACAGACCUAAAGAUGGGAAGAGGCAAGGCGGCAGCACAGUGUGCACAUGGAGCCCUUGGGGCAGCUGAGAAAUGCCUGGUGACCGACAAGGACACCCUGUAUGCAUGGAAGGCCUGUGGACAGCCUAAAGUAGUUGUCAAAACAGAUACAGAACAGUCCUUAAUAGAAUUAGCCAAGGCAGCGUCGGCUAGUGGAUUGAUAUGCACAAUCAUCCGGGAUGCAGGUCGUACUCAGAUUGCAAGUGGCUCAAAAACAGUCUUAGCUGUAGGACCAGGUCCAGCUCAGCUUAUUGACAAGGUGACAGGCCAUUUAAAGCUAUACUGAGACACCGCACAUUCUGACAUUCCAUUGUCAAUACUGCAUAUGGCAAAAGAGAUUGUGGACAAGGGCAUUGCUGGCAGUGCCAUAAGUGACUUGGCAAUUCUGAAGUCUUCAGUCGAAAAGUAUUGUUAGUUACAGAUUGUUUACAGAGGCAGUUGUGUUGAUUGUAAUCCAAAAUACACCGAGUGAAGAAAUCUAAUAAGCAGUAGUGAAUGAAUCCAAUGUUCUUUUUGCCAUAGUGGGAUUACAUUUUCGUGUGGUACAACAUAAAAUAAGAGACCUCAUGACUAAUUUUUAGCUUUUACAGCAAGUGCAAGUCUUUUAAAUAUUAUUGUGUUGUAUUAUGUUGAUCCAAUUUGGAAAGCCUGUAUUAUUAUUGUUUUAUGGUACCUGGGGAUAAAUCUGUGUUAUUGUACAAUGUAUGCUUGCACAAGUAAAAGCACUUAAAGAGCUAGUUGUAAUGUU